UCCUCCCUCUGAUUCCCUUCCUGGUGCCUGAUACAGUCUUUAGAAUAGAAGCCAUAGGGCUGGUUUGAGAGGAGGUAAAGUCCAGACAGCAUCACUCAGGUGCUGAGAUUCAGAAUGAAUGAUUAACAUCGCAAAAGCCUCUCUGCAUCUCCACACUGUAGAACAGAAGAGCCGGAUUCAUCUGCCGGUGUCACCAGCUCUCUCUCCCUUGUCUUCUGCCGGAGAUCUCCAUCAAGGGCUGGGAGUGGCUGCUGUCAUUGUGAGAGCGGAGUGGGGAAGCCCUCCGGUGAGAGGAGAGGAGAGGAGAGGAGAGGAGAGGAGAGGAGAGGAGAGGAGAGGAGAGGAGAGGAGAGGAGAGGAGAGGAGCCACCGUUCACACCCUGAGAUGCUCUGCAGGCUGGAGGAGGAAGAGGAGAUGUCUCUACUGGAGCUACAGCAGAGGGUGGACUGUAUCAUCACUCAUGUUGAUGAGAUUAUGCAGCAGGAGAUCAGGCCGUUGCUGGCAGUCGAUAUAAUUGAACAACUUCACAGGCAGUUUGCUCUUCUUUCAGGAGGAAGAGGAAAAGAUGGAUCUCCCAUCAUCACCUUCCCAGAGUUUUCAAGUUUUAAUGAGGUGUCAGAUGAGGAUUUUGUUAAUGUUGUCACAUACCUGACAAGCAUACCAAGCAUGGAUGCCGCUAGCAUUGGCUUCAUCAUCAUCCUGGACCGCAGGAAGGACAAAUGGAACUCAGCAAUCACUUCUCUGGCACGGAUAGCGGGCUCCUUUCCAGGGAAUCUGCAGCUUGUUCUGGUUCUGAAACCUUCUCGUCUCCUCCAGAGGGCCAUCGCUGAUGUCAGUAUGCGGUUACAUAGGGAUGACUUCAAAUUGAAGGUACCGAUUGUCAUGCUUAAUUCCCUGUCAGACUUGCAUGGCUAUAUUGACAGAGGCCAGCUGACCUUUGACCUGGGGGGAACCCUGGACUAUUGCCACAGUCAGUGGAUUCACCAUCGCACAGCCAUUGAGAACUUUGCGCUAACAGUGAAGAGCACAGCACAGAUGCUGCAGCAGUUUGGAACUGACCUAGCAGAAACUGAACUUCCCAAUGACGUGCAGUGCACCAAAGACUUGAUCAUCACACACACCGAAAAACACGAUAAGCUCAAGGACGAGCUGAAAUUGGCUGUAAAGCAAGGAAAUACUCUGUUAUCUUGUAUCAAAGACCAGGCAAGUAAAACCGAGAGCCACAUUUUGAACCCAGAUGAGGUAGAGAACCAAACAACCGUUGAGAGGUUGUUAGUGCAGCUCGAUGAGACGGAGAAUGCGUUUGAACAGUUCUGGUCGAGGCAUCACCUCAAAUUGGAGCAGUGCUUACAGUUACGGCACUUUGAGCAGGACUUCAGAGAGGUGAAAGUUUCCCUGGAUGGCCUGAUGGAGACCUUGCUGGGCCUGUCUGACACUGGGGACUGUGUGGCUCAGGUGGAACAUCUACUGGGCGAUCUGAAGACCUUGGAGGACAAAGCUCAGGAGUCCUUGGAGAAAGCUCAGCUUCACGCUCAGCAUGGUGACCAGCUCAUUCAAAGUAACCACUACGCCGUAGACUCCAUCCGGCCGAAGUGUGUCGAACUGCGUCGGAUCUGUGAUGACUUCAGCAAUGAGGCCAAAAAGAAACGUGACAUUCUGAGCAAAUCACUUGAAAUCCACAAACGCAUCGACGAGGUGAACCAGUGGUGUGAGACCGGAGUUUAUCUGUUGGCCUCUCAGGCUGUAGACAGAUGCCAGACCCAGGAAGGCGCAGAAGCAGCGCUGCAGGACAUCGAAGGAUACAUGAACACAGCCAAAGAGCAGCAGCUCACUCAUCUCAAAAACCUCAGCAACCAGUAUGAGAUCAUCCUCUCAGAGCUGGUCAAGAUCAAAGCUCAAACUGCUUUGAAAAGACUUGAUGACGUUCAAGAGAUGUUUGAGAAAAGACACGCGAGUCUGAAAAAGCUGUCUGCAAAGCAAACUAGGCCAGUGCAACCUGUUGCACCUCGACCAGAAUCUUCACCAAAACGCCCUCCACCUAAAAUCCCACAACCCACUGCACCAACAUCAAACCGCAAAGCUACAGAAAACUCCAGCGCCAGUAAGCAGCCGAGUGAUGCAGAACUGGCAAAAAGAAAGAAUAUUCGCAAAGCCAAAGGUGGCAUCAAGAUCGAAGUCAUGCAUGAACGAGGGCAGGGGGGUUCGAGUCAUGUUGUCAUGAGCAAUGAAACCGAAGAGUCACUUUCAAACAGACGCAGCCACAUAAUGAAUGAAUUGAUUGAGACAGAGAGGCUGUAUGUUGAAGAGCUGCAGAGUAUUAUAGAGGGAUAUGCCAGCGCACUGGAUGACCCCGAGAUGUUCUACUUGAUCCCGCCAUCUUUAGAAAACAGGAAGGAGGUACUUUUCGGAAACCUGCCUGAAAUCUACACAUUUCACCAGAAGACAUUUCUCAAAGAGCUGGAAAAUUUAGCAGAAAAGCCGGAGUUAGUAGGAACAUGUUUUUUGAAGCGGAAGGAAGAGUUGCAGAUUUAUGAGAAAUAUUGUCAGAAUAAGCCACGAUCUGAAGCUUUGUGGCGGCAGUGUGGAGACAGUUUGUUCUUUCAGGAGUGUCAGAAAAGGUUGGACCACAAGCUUUCAUUAGAUGCAUAUCUCCUCAAGCCUGUGCAGAGAAUCACUAAGUACCAACUGAUGUUAAAGGAGAUGCUGAAGUGCAGUAAGAACUCAGAAGGCACCGCGGAGCUGGAGGAAGCUCUGGCCACAAUGCUGGACAUCAUCAAAUCAGUCAAUGACUCCAUGCAUCAGAUCGCCAUUACUGGUUUUGAGGGCAAUCUGAAUGAUCUGGGAAAACUGCUCAUGCAGGGGUCGUUUAAUGUUUGGACAGACCAUAAGAAAGGUCACAGUAAAGUCAAGGACUUGGCACGCUUCAAACCCAUGCAGAGACAUCUCUUUCUUUACCACAAAAUGCUUUUGUUCUGCAAGAAACGAGAGGAAACCUCUGAUGGUCACGAGAAAUCCCCUUCCUACAGUUUCAAGCACUCAUUAAAGAUGAGCUCGGUGGGAAUCACUGAAAAUGUCAAAGGAGACAUCAAGAAGUUUGAAAUCUGGUACAAUGGCAGGGAGGAGGUUUACAUCGUUCAGGCCCCUCUGAUGGAAGUGAAGAACAUGUGGGUGUCAGAGAUCCGCAAAGUUUUAACAAGCCAGCUGGAAGCCUGCCGAGAAGCCAGUCAAAUCCAUCAGAAGAUUACAGAGAACAUCUACCAUGCUCCCAUGAGAAAUAUGCGCAAAACAGCUUUCCAGCAGUCUGACUCUUCCAGUCCAGAAACUGGCUACAGGCGCAGUGAUACAGGCCCAAAUAUGCGUCAUAAACGAGCUGAUGCUUCAGCCAGCCUCAGCUCCGAGCGAUCUGCUCUCGCUAGAAAGCGCUUCACCUUACAGGGCCUGUCAAACCGCAGGUCUCUCCCCGCAGAUCCCACACCUAAGGAGACAGAGGUUACACGCCGCUUUUCUUUAGCCUCAACUGUCAGCUCCACCUCUGCAUCGCGCACUAAAGUUCCUCUCUCCACUAGCUAUAAGAGCAAGAGGCAUCAGGUCAAGAGCGACCCUACACCGUUUGGCUAUGGAGACAGCAUGCAAGGUGCACUUCCUGCUGAGAGCAAAAGUAAAGGUACUGCCGGUACCAAGCCCGCUGUGCCAAGGUCUGCAUCUCAACCAGGAUGGAGUCAACGGCGUCUGCCAUCCAUGGACGCUGAGGAUUUUGAGACCAUUCCAUCAAGUGCUGAAGAACUCUCCAUAUCCUCAGAUGGAGAGGAUGAAGGACAUAACAAAAAUGGGGAUAAUGAUCGCUAUCAAGUGCAGCUGACGCAUGAGUCAGGUACCACCCAGGACCUUUCUGUCGAGGCGGGAGAUUUAGUACAGUUCCUAGAAGAGUCCGAGAACGGCCACUGGCUAGUCAAGAACCUUAAAACUCAGAAGACAGGACUGGUGCCACCCACUGUCCUGCAGUCCACAGCAGAGGGAGUAGACCUUUACAGUAACUCUGAUAUUUUCAGUGACCUCUGCACCGCUGCCCUCACUGAUACAGAGGAGGCAGACGACAGCACCGGACAGCGUCCCGCUCAGGACGGCAGAUUUCCAUGCUGAACAUGCUGCAAUGUGUCCUCGCUUUCCAUAGCAUCAUGCUUUACACCAUACUCGACAACAGCUCUAUAUUCUAUUCUUUGUAAUACUACACAGACAUCUGCUCUGCUGAAGGAGCAGGUGAACUGACCGAUCAGAAUGGAUUCCAGUCAUUUCAGAGCUGACGUGACAUUGACAGUAUUCUGUAGUUGUGAGUCAGAAAUUCAGCGUGCAGCCUUCGCUCUUUCACUCUGCUGUGCCUUAGCAGCAAUUGAAGGGGUAUUUGAAAAGAAUAAUCUGAAUCUCUGUGAACACCGGACACCGAUAUCUGCACCAAGGUUGCUAUUUGAAAACACUGAGAGGAAGAGACUCCAGACCAUCCUGUCCUGCUGAGACUUUCACUGAAAUAGGGGAUAGAAGGGAUAGUUCACCCCCCAAAAAGAAAGAAAAUGUUGUUAUCAUUUACUCGUCCUCAAGUUGUUCCAAACCUGUAUGAAUUUUGUUCUUCUGUCGAACACAAAAGAAGAUAUUUUGAAGAAUGUUGGUAACUAAACCAUUGCUGGUAGGCAUUUUUUCCCCUGAAAGUCUAUGGCUACCAGAAGCCGUUUUCCCCUUUUUUGGGGUUGAACUAUCGCUUUAAAUAUACUUGAUUGUUUUUUUGUUUUUUUUGUUAAUGCUUGUUUGCUUAUGAGACUAUUGGUCAGAAACACAGCACUUUUGAAGAUUUAAUAUUCUCUAAUGUAUUGUACAAUAUUUAUACUCUCUUUUAUAUUCAGACAUGAAAGUUGUAUAAGCCAUCUGUAAAGCUUCGUUCCUCUGCUGUUUGUAGAGCUGAAUAUCUUUAAUCCUCUUCAAAUAUUUGUCUCUGCUUGAUAUAUUCGUCUCUAUCAUGGUCUGCUUGUACAAAAAUCAUCUCGAAAGGUAAUAAAAAUGUGGACUGUUUACUCUGGAGAUGUUUUUAAAUGUGAUUGCUGUUGCAUCAAUAUUCCAGCUGUACUGUAAAAGCAUCUGACAUUAUUAUUUUACAGUAUUGCUCAUGAACGUUGUCAGUUUGUGAUGAAAAGAAUACAGAAAUCAGAUGUACGUACUGUAUAUCCUCCUGGCUUUGACAUGAAGAACUGGAUGACAGUUUGACAGUGAAUGUAGUAAUGAUGCCAAAUGUUUUGUCUCAUAACUGCCAAUAUCCAUUUACAAUUGUGAUUUUACUUUCCAAAAUCAACCCGAGUUUCUUUCUUUGUUUGUAUGUAAAUUUCUUAGCACAAUGAUUGAUAGUGAAUGCAGAUGUGAUUUUUGGUAGUAUCAUCAUUCUGUUCAUAUAUGUAUGUGAAUAUUUUGCUUUGCACAGCUUCCUUAUGGGCAAUAUUACAGCUGAUGUGAAUAUGUAUUACAUUUCCAAAUGCACAAUGGAAUACUUUACAAAACAAUGUCUGUAACUUAUGCAUAUGAGACUAUUAAACCUCAACCAAA